AUGUCAUACUUUGGUAACGGAGCUCAACAGCAAACCAUCAACCCUCAGAACAUUGCAUUGGCCGAGCAAGAGCUGGAGAUGGUGACCGAUUUGUUCAACAGAAUUGUCGAUUCCUGUCACUCCAAAUGUGUGAAAUUAGAUACUGGUUCAGGAGAUUUAUCUCAACAAGAUCAAACUUGCAUUGAUAAUUGCGUUGCUAAAUUCUUUGAAACUAACAGCAAAGUGGGUGAAAAGAUGCAAAAGAUGAGUCAACAAUAA